AUGGGAGGGGCGCAGAAAUCCUCGGUGUAUAAGAAGUGCAGUUCUCACAAGCAGGGAUUUUACACAGCAACUCAGGACGAACGAAAUGAGCUGCCCCAGAGCCGCUACAAAAUGCUGGAUGGACACCUUCUCCUGGGAUGGUUAUCAUUUACCAUUAUAGUGCAUCUGAUCAGCUUGCCUGGACCGAGCACAGCUUACUUCGGGCUUACAGGUAAUGAACCCCUGUCCAUUUUGCCACUGAGCUCACAGCCAGACGAAAGGGCGGGCAAGGCACACUACAAGCUGUGUGAUCGACUCAAACUGGAGAAGAAGCAGCGCAGAAUGUGCAGACGGGACCCUGGCGUGGCCGAGACUCUAAUGGAGGCCAUCAGCAUGAGUGCCUUAGAGUGCCAGUAUCAGUUUCGCUUUGAGAGAUGGAACUGCACCUUGGAGGGCCGCUACAGGGCUAACAUUUUAAAGAGAGGCUUCAAGGAGACGGCAUUCCUCUAUGCCAUCUCUUCAGCAGGCCUGACCCACGCCAUGGCCAAAGCCUGCAGCGCUGGCCGCAUGGAGCGCUGCACCUGUGAUGAGGCUCCGGACCUGGAGAACCGCAAGGCUUGGCAGUGGGGAGGCUGUGGAGACAACCUCAAGUACAGCAACAAAUUUGUCAAAGACUUCCUGGGCAAGAGGUCCAACAAGGACCUCCGCGCCCGGAUAGAUAUGCACAACAGCAAUGUAGGAAUGAAGGUGAUCAAGGCAGGGGUGGAGACCACCUGUAAGUGUCACGGAGUUUCAGGCUCGUGUACCGUGCAAACAUGCUGGAGGCAGCUGGCACCCUUCCACGAAAUCGGCAAGCAGCUCAAACAGCGCUACGAGACUUCGAUCAAAAUGGCCAGCUCCAACAACGAGGCGACCGGGGAGGGGGAAAUCUCGCAGACCCGAUCCCAAGGGCAGCAGCCCUCUCCAGGCCCCCGGCAGGACAUCAUUCCCCGCACGUCUGAUCUCGUUCACAUCGAGGACUCGCCGAGUUUUUGCAGGCCGAGCAAGUAUUCGGCAGGCACCAUGGCCCGCAAAUGCUACAAGGACAAGAACUGCGAGGCCAUCUGCUGCGGCAGGGGCCACAACACUCAGAGCCGGGUGGUGACGAGACCGUGUCAGUGCCAGGUGCGCUGGUGCUGCUAUGUCGAAUGCAAACAGUGCACACAAAGAGAAGAGGUUUACACCUGUAAGGAGUAAAACCCGCCACGACCGUGCAGAACAUCUCUCACCAGUCUGAGAACAGUGAAUAAGUAGCGGAAGGCAAGAAGAGAGGAGAAGUGACAAGUCGUCCUGGUUUGGGGAAAGGUCUCAAAGACAUCAAGCUAGUUGAAAGCACUUUUUUGAAAGGUUUUGCAGGGCAUUUUUUUCCACGUGGAGCAGUGUGAAAGCUGUAUAAUAUACCAAGCCUAAGGGAAUGGUCUACAGCUUUGAAAGACACCUUGGAACUAGAUGAAACAUUUCGCGGAGUAAUUCGUCUGCCAAGAUAUCAAUCAGCAGUGAAGUCCAGUCUUGGACAGACAAUUGUUUGUCCAAUGAUUUGACAGUCUCUGAAUAAUAGCUUCAAGCCGUAUGCGUAAGACUGUGCGUUUGUGACUUAAUUCCAACUUGGAGACGGAAUUUGCAAUGGCGUCAGAUUUAUUCUACAUGCACAUGUAUCCUACACCCACACAAGAGUGUGUAUGCAUAUGUACAUAGAUAAAUUGCAUUAUAAUUCUAUUAUAUACACCACUUAUCUGAGUAUGCUAAAUAACCACUAACCACACAAAUGGUUUAUUGUUUGUGUGCUUGCAUUCACUUUGUGUUGUAAUUCUCUUCGACAAGGCCCUUAGGAAAGCAAUACUUUUGAUUUGUGUUUUUUCUGUGGAUAUAAUUUAUGGAACAUCUCAAGGAACAGUCCUUGCAUGGAAGGAAAUGUGCUUUUCCUUCCUUUUUGUUUUUUAUUUUAUUAUGUUCUUUUUGCUUGACAGUGGAAAUCUUUGCCAGUCUAUUUAAGAUUUAACUCGGCCUUAAACAAACUCUACAAACGACUGUUCAGGGAACAAGUGAAACCACUACGCGCCAUUGGAUGGUAAAGAAAUCUCAGAGAUAUCACAAGGAGCGUUAGUCUCCAUGAUUUAGGCUUCCACUUGAUGACAGAUCUGUCCAUCCAGCUGCUGAUUCAUUGCUGUAAUCGCUGCAGCAGUGCUUUUCAGGACAAUGCUGGUUAAAUAUGAAAUAUGCCAUGCUUCGUGGCCGCUUUACGUUUUGUUGGCUGAAGAGCGCAAAUAAGAGUUGAGAAUAAACAUGCGAGACGCAAAUUUGUAUUGGAGCAAAAAACAUUUCCCCUUUUUGCAUUGUAUUUCUAGGGGAGAAAUAAUUAACCUCAGAGCUAAUCUAAUACAUUUUCCAGCAGAUAUUGAUAUUGGAAAACUAUGGUGAAUUUUUUUUACAUUCAAGUGUGGAUGAUGUACUGCUAGACUGUGGUUCUCUCUUGUCACAUUGUUAACUUUUUUGCCCGUGCAUGUUAAUCAACAAUGACCGUUUCAGUGAAUCUAUUCACAUUUGUGGAGAGGCUGGACAUGGCAUAUUUUUAAGACUAUGUGGACGUGGAAGUCCAUAAAUCUGUAUUGUAAAAUGUAAACACUGCAAAUUCCAUAUUUUUGAAAUUUAUUUAACAUAACAUCUGGCACGGAGAAUUGCCGCUGUGUGACCAAAUGACAGGAUCUAAGUUUCUGAUCAGACUUUUAACCAUUUUAACGCUCUGUCAGUUUAGUGGCAGCACAAACUUUGACCAUGUAUGACUUUGUAUUCAGAUCGCCAAACUCUGUUGAGAUCCACAUCGUGUAAAUACAACAUACAGAAAUUAAGAUAUGACAAAAUAUAUAUGAAUGGAUUAUAUAUGCUCUUUUAUUUUUUUAGUUUAGUGUGAAUGAACUACUGAGUGAGAGACAGACAACAAGAAAAAUGGCACCAUUCACGCACUGAAGCUUGGAAGCUCUUUUAUUUAUUUAUGUUUUUUUUUUUUUUUUUUUUUUUUUGAAAGUUGUAAAUAGCUAAGGUUAUGUUCCUGUGGCAUACAGACAAAAGUGAGGCACAUGCAUAUGGAUGUUGGACAGAACUUUCCAGAAUAAAGAUGUUUAGAUCUGUCUGACUAAGUAGAGGUACGUUGUUGUUUAAAAUUGAGUCAAAUUCUCAACUCAAACAGAUCACACAACUCAACUUUUUAUGAAGUGCUAAGUUCAGUGCUUUGUAAAUAAAUGUUACAAUUUUUAAAUAAUUAUCCUUAAUAGAUCUCUGUGAAAGUAUGCAUCAUCUGGAAAGCACUGUAUUUUAUCUUUUAUGUGUCAGAUCUUUGAAUAAGCAAAUUUAAAUGUAAAAUUUUAAAAUUGAAAUUUUUGAUCAAAUGUUGCAAAAACUUCUGGUGGAUGAUUCAAUAAGGAAAGUUGGUGUUAAAUUGAAUAUGGGCAAAUGCUCAGCUAAAAACGACAUCUUUAUAAGUAGACAGCACUACAAAAAAAAAGAUAAUUUUAUUAAUUAUUAUCCUUAAAACAAAACACAUUUACUUCUGCAAAUUUGCAACAGAUAUUAAGACUUUUUGCCUCUCAAGUAAGGAUGUUCAUAUAUCUGCCAUGGAAAACAACACAAAAAUGCUGAUAUUAUAAUUAAAUCAAUUAUUUUCAUAGAAGAUUUUGAUGCAAAUACAAAAACCAAGGGGUGCAGGAAAUGUUUCUGUCAGAGAAGGGAUUCAAAUUUUCUUUCAUUUAAAGUAACAAGCUGAAUUCCAAAUAGUUAUUUGAUGGGGAAAUGCCAAUUAAAGAAUGCAUGGAAACACAAACAUAGACUUUAGCAUGCUAAAUGGAUACCAUAAUGGCUAUGCCGAGCGUUUCACCAGUCAUGGUGUCUGCCCACAGCAGAAGUGAACAGAAAACGGCAUAUGACAUGCAUAUAAGACACAAUUCUCUUCUAAUUCACUAUAUAUGCUGAAAAAUAGUGUAGAGAUCACAUAUAGUUGCAUUUUUGGCAUGCUGCAUGUUCUCAGUAAUCAGUACUAUUUUUUUCAUUGACAGAAGGCAUUGUGAAAGCAUAUGUUAUAAGUUUUUGUUGUUGUCUUGGUUUCUUAUUCUCUAUUUUCAAAUGCAACCUGUACAAAAAAAUGGACACAGAGACAAAAUAUAACUUAUUUUGAAACGUUUUAUGAGCAUGUGUUAAUUGUACAUUUUGUAAAGUUCAAGAUGAUUUUCUAUAUAUUUUCUCUGUCUUGCAUUUGGCCUGUAAUUGGGUAUGUGCUUUCUGGGGUUGAGGUAUACAUUUUGAUAAUUGCUCCCAAUGGUUAAAAGAAAACAUUUCCCCCCAAAGAUAAAAAACAAACAAACAAACAAAGCAAACCCUCUAAAAUUCAGUUCCGCUCCUAUGUCUGAAAUGCAGCUUUGUCCUUAUUUUAUUAUAAGGAAUGUAUACCAAAGAUUACCAAUAUUUAGUAUGCAACCAACACAAAACUACAACACCUGCAGUAAGGCUAUAUAUGUCCCAGUUAGCUGUAGCAAUCUCAUCAUUUGUAGCAUAAAGGCUGUACAAUUUUAUACUAUUUUAUAUUACCAUGUUGAUUUUAUGAAAUAAACCUAAUUAGCAAGUCAGUUGAUUGUUUUAGA